AUGGCAACUGUUUAUGAACCUAUUAGGGUAGUCAACAUGUUUGGUGCACAAAAUGUCGAAGCUGUGGGAAUGCAAUAUCGAGCCAAGGCUUUUGCUCGGCCAGAAGGGAUAAAUGACACGUACAUGAGCACGGAAAGCUAUAAGCUCAGGAGGCGGCUGCUUCUUCCUUCUUCUUUUUUUCCCAUUAUUAACAUGUUGGGAGUGAAGCACGUUGAGAAAGAUUUGUUUAGGGGCAAAUUUGUUCUUAAAUUUAGAUUCAAUGCGAAGAACACGGAAAAUAAAAUGAAAAAUGGAGAGCAAAUGUAUGCUGAUGUGUUAUUUAAGUAA